UGUGUCCGACCGCCUUCGUUGUACGGAUUGGAUAAAAACGAUUGCGUUUUGUUAUGAAUUUAUUCUGAUCAGGAUGAUAGCGCAGCGGUAUAGGUUAGCUCUGCCUUCUCUACUUUCGGGGACCCGCUAGAUAGUCCCGUUGGCGGAGGGUUCAAGAUACGUUUUGUUUCUCAAACUUUGUUCAUGCCAGGUUUGAGAAAUCGGUUGUAGCGCGCAGUUUGUUUUUCCCUCUUAAUAGUUUCGCGAAUUCGGGAUGUUCUUGUGCUCAUCAUGGAGACAAAACGAGGGGAGAUUCCCACCGGCGUAUUGGACGACCUCUGCAGUCGAUUCAUCCUCCACAUUCCCAGCGAAGAGAGGGACAAUGCCAUCAGAGUUUGCUUCCAGAUUGAACUUGCCCACUGGUUUUACUUGGACUUCAGUAUGGAGAACUCACCAGGACUACCUCAGUGUGGGAUAAGAGACUUUGCCAAAGCUGUUUUUAAUCAUUGUCCAUUUCUGUUGCCGCAAGGGGAGGAUGUUCAGAAGGUUCUAGAGCAAUGGAAGGAAUACAAAAUGGGUGUCCCAACGUAUGGUGCAAUUAUUCUUGAUGAAACGCUUGACAAUGUGCUGCUGGUUCAGGGCUACCUUGCCAAGUCUGGCUGGGGCUUCCCCAAGGGGAAAGUUAAUGAAGGCGAAGCACCCCAUGACUGUGCAGUGAGGGAGGUCCUGGAGGAAACUGGUUUCGAUAUCCGGGACCGCAUCUGCAAAGACGCGUACAUUGAGCAGAAAAUCACUGAUCAGCUGGCUCGUUUGUACAUAAUACCGGGGGUUCCAAAGGACACUAAGUUCAACCCGAAAACCAGAAAGGAAAUUAGGAAUGUAGAGUGGUUCUCUAUUGAGAAAUUGCCUUGCCACAGGAAUGAUAUGACUCCUAAAUCAAAGCUUGGACUGGCUCCAAACAAGUUUUUCAUGGCUAUUCCAUUUGUAAGACGUCUUAGAGAAUGGAUUGCCAAACAUAAAGGGGAGUCAUCAGAGAGCGAUGAGGAAUUUGCUUCCAAUGGUAGCACUCCAUGCAAGCCCUUGAUGGACAAAGUCCGGCACAAAGCUAGACGGAACCAGGUCCUGACUGAGCCCUCUCCUGGGGACAGCUGGCCCAAACAGAAGCAACAGAAGACUGUAGGCCAGGCGGGUCAAUACGAGCUUGCCGAUUUCUUAAAAUCAAAGAAUCACGGUGUGAAAGGCAAUGGGAAAAAACACCAGGAUUCUCCCAACCCGAAGAAAAGGGCAAAUGGGGUCCACAACCAACAGGUGAAGCUCCACCUGGCAGCUAAAGAAGAUAAGAGACUUCAGCCUAGACGACUUCAGGACAACUUUGAAACUGAUGCGGCCUGCGACAUGAGCAGCUCGAACGACGAACAGCCGACGAGACGGACGGACGGCCACCCCGCCGCCUGCAACGGGGACUCCGAACACUUCCUCUCUUCCAGGUCCUUCCUCAGCUUCAAGUUCGAUCGAGAGGCCAUCAUGAAAUGCUUCGACUCGUGAGGUCGGGGGCAGGACACCUGCACCCCAGACUAAGCUCGAUGCCUUUUCUCUCUCAGGAGCUGGAAGAGCACAGGGGGUGUUGAAGCCUACAGUCUUGGAUUCAUGUUUACGCUGCUUGAUGGGAAAGGUUAAUCAGUUAGCAUUGUAAAUUCACUGUAAUUUCCCGCCCCAACUUGCCUUUUCAGUAUAUAUGUUUAUUUUUUCAAAGCUGUGGACUGCAGUGUCCUGUUUUGGUCAGUCUCAGCCCUCGCAAGCUUGCCUGCCUGCUUUGACCCAGGCCUCCAUUCAGUACGGCCAGACAGUGCUUUGUUGGUAACUUGAUGACAUAUUCAGGCGAGUACAGUCUUUUAAUAAUUUCACACACAGCGCUUCAUUUGGUGAUUGUGAUCCAGAAGGUUGUGUUGGAAAUUUAAAAAAAAAAAAAAAGGUACUGCAUGGUUCAGUUCAUCACUCAAAGUAAAGGACAAUUUGCUGUGUGAUUGGAUUGAAUGGAGGUCCGACUGUCAAUUGAAUGAUGAGUUUGCACAGGGCCCACACGCGUGGCGCUCCCAACGGGAUGCAUUUUUAAGCUGUCACAGUGGCAUAGCGUUCAGAGAAAAGUAGUUUUCUAGGCACUUUAAGUAUUCAUAGCACAGUGCUUUCAAAGAGUGACCAAGUUUUUAAAAUUAACUUUGAAUACAUUAUGCGGUGUCCAUUCAAAGUAAAGCAAUUUUAUCGCUGCGAUUUGUCCUCAGUCAUUAUAGUCCCAUUGGUUUAUAACGAGGGUGUUCUCUACUGGCCCAUCAAGAUGGUCGUUUGUUUGGGUCGCAAAAAGAUGCGGAGCUCUUUGUGUUGUGCCGAUGUUCAGCUGACUGCUGUAUGAGCCUCUCUCAUUUCCCAGGGUAAGUCUUAGGGCGUGAUACCAAAUUUUGCGCCGAUUCACAGUUCGAUACUAAAUCUGGAUGGCUCCUCACAAUUAUUCAGUCCAUUGUCAGCCUAUCCACCUGGCAUUAAAAACAUGAAUCUGAGCAACAUCUGAUCACAGCAGCGUCCUAAAUCAUGACCUUGAUACACUUGUUACUGCCCUGUAAGGUGCAUAUACAUUUGCACAAACUGUUCUAUAACAAAAUUUUUAUAGUCAAAACCAAUAUGAACACUACGGAUAAAUUUAGAAUUGAGCUUUGCCCCACUUGAUGAACAGUGUGAAAGUGCAAAUGCCUAUGAUGUUUCGAGUGUAAGGUGUGUUUGCUGGUA